UUGUCUCCCAUCAGUGAUUUUUCCCAGGUCGGAGAUGGCCCUGGAAACGGUGCCCAAAGAUCUGCGGCAUCUGCGCGCUUGUUUGCUAUGUUCGCUGGUCAAGACAAUAGACCAGUUUGAAUACGACGGCUGUGACAAUUGUGACGCCUACCUGCAGAUGAAGGGUAACCGAGAGAUGGUGUAUGACUGCACCAGCUCUUCCUUUGAUGGAAUCAUUGCAAUGAUGAGUCCAGAGGACAGCUGGGUCUCCAAAUGGCAGCGAGUCAGUAACUUUAAGCCAGGUGUCUAUGCAGUAUCCGUCACUGGCCGCCUGCCUCAAGGAAUUGUUCGCGAGCUGAAGAGUCGAGGAGUGGCCUACAAAUCCAGAGACACAGCUAUAAAGACCUAGCCAGAGUAGUAGUUGCCAUCCUUCUUGCCCAACCAUUUGCCUCAUAUUUUUCAUUGUGGAACUAAAUGGGCAGAACAUCAAAAUGUCCAAACUCUCCAAUUCUGAAACUUCACAGACUGUCUGGAGAGCAGUGUGGCAUGCCCUUAGGGCUGGUGUACGUGCCCCUGGAUCAUUUUCCAACUCUGAACUGCUGGUGGUGUGGGUGGGGUUUGGGUUGGGAAUUAACAGAGAUUGAACUGAAUUGGGGAUAGGAUGCUGGUUUCCUACCAAUGCCCAGAGCUCUGCCUUUGGGUUAAAUGUCAAUAAAUGCAAAAGUUUUAAAUCUGAAAAAAAAAA